AUGAAGAGCAUAAGCAUAGGAAUAUUUGGAAGUAUAGGCUCUGAAAAAACAGGGAUGCUAAACACCAUCCAGGCAAAUCAAAGAUGCACUUUGGCUCAAGAGAAGAAGAAAGCACGCAUGGAGACAAGCCUCUAUAAAAAAGAAACAUCUUCGGAGCUGCUUGAGUUUGCAGACUUUUCAGAACACUUUGAGUGUCCUUUUUAUCAUAUAGACAAGCUUGGCCUAUUCGAUGUUGUUUUGCUGACAGUUGAUGUUCGAACAGGGUGCACAGAAUACAUCAGCAGAGUUCUUGAAAAAAGACGAGAAGACGUGAUAGUGUGCAUAAACAAAGUAGACGUCCUUUUUGGAAGCAGGCCAGAGUCCAUUUACAAUGCUUGCCACACUCUAGUGGAAGCACUGGAUAAAAAAGCAUCGUCAAAGAUGUUCUAUCUUAUAGCCAGUGCACGGUAUAAGAUCUCUCUUUUUUCAGGCUUUGUCUCAGACUUUAGCAAAAAAAGGUUUAUUGAUCGCUUGCACACGGUGUAUAAAAUUCUCAGCAUCUCUGAUAUGCACAAAAAAGAUGUUAAAGAUGUUUAUUGGAAGAGUAAGUACUUUGAUGUUAUCGAUAAAAACACUGGCAUCUACAAAGCCAACCCAGUGCUUGCAUCAGUCAGCGACAUUCUUGUCCACGCAGAAGGCAUUCCCUCACUUUCGCACACGAUAAUAUCAGCAAUAAAAGAAAUUCACCAAGAUAAAAACAGCAGUGGAGAAGGUUUAAUAGCUGUAGAAGGCUUUUCAAACAAUAAAACCAACUUUCUAGUAAAAAAUACAAGCAUAGAAAACAACAGGACUAUUGUACACAAUAAAAGCACAUACAGAGUAAUAGACAUUUUGUCAAGUCACAGAGACGGCCAUAUUCACACUGUGCAGAUAGAAAAAGAAGAAGAGCUGCUGCAGGAGAUAAAAAGCACAAACACACACUACAUAUCGAUAGUCUUAUCUAUUAUUGGCGAAGAAGAGUGCAAGAUGGUAAAAAGAUUAAGCAGUGCAUAUCCAGGUAUAUCGCUAUGUCCCACUCAAAGUACAGAAAAGUCAGGACCAUCUGCAGAGUAUAAGAUUGAGAUAUUCGCUGUAGGCCCGCACACCUUAGAAGAGUUUAUAGCUGACAUUCACAAAAAUGUAGACAGGCAAUCUAUAAAAACAUCUAGACCACUGUACCAUGUACGCAGAACACCAAAAGGUAGCAAUGCAUUUACUCUCUCCAUUAGAAGUGUUUAUAUUAGAAUAGAAUUGCUAUCUGCUUUUGAUAAAGAUAGCCGAGAAAAUGGCUUAAAAACAGAAAAAAAGAGCAGUUCUGACUAUUUGAUCUAUGAGUUAGACAAAAACAGCCACAACUAUGUACACAUAAAGAAAGACAUAUUGGAUAAUGGCAUAGAAAGCGCUGAAAUUUACUCAACAAUAAAGAGCGCUGUGCAGUCUAUAAAAACAUCAAAUAAAGUGCUGAGUAUUUCUCACACAGUGGCUGUGGCAGAGCUGCUUCAUGCACCAUCAAGCAAAAAGAGAACAGAAAAUGAUACGGAUAAAAGCGUAGAAAUAUGCUUCAACAGGUGCCAAUAUUCAAUAAUUGAGCCGUACAUUGUGCUUCAAGUUCUGCUGCACACUCCUGCCAUGUGUGUGCCAAGAUCAUGCGAGGCAUUCUUGAACAAGCUAACACAAAAAAGAACAACGAAGUCUCUUACCGCCUCUAUAGCAAAGAGAUGCAGUGGGAAAGUACUGCAUUUCACUGAAGAUGCUUUUUUACUGGCUGCCAAGCUAGACAUCAUCCUUCCAGGAUCAACGCACACCGAGUUUCUGUCACUGAUAAGCACAUUCUUCAAAAGCUUUCUUUCUUACACGAUCGAUAUUCAGUACAUGCCCAGCCCUUUAAAAAAUAGCAGAUCCAGUGAUCUUCCACCUGAGCUGUCUUUGGUACAGAAAUCCAAAGAGAACGUAUUUUAUUCCAGAGUGUAA